AUGCAUACGUUCUUGGAUCCGCCAGAAGAGGAGGAUGACCUCGAGCUGCAGCGUUUCGACUCGCAUCGGCAGCACUUCGACCCCUUAGACUACGACACGAAACCGAUCUUAGCGGAGGAGCCUAUAUCGCCCGAUUCUCCUAACCCCACUACAGCCCGCGGCAAAUCUACCGAUGAAGUCUCUUAUGCGAAGCUGGUGCCUUUAACGAUUUGUUUAUGUCUGGCUACCUUUUGUUUGUCCUUGGACGGAACCAUUUUAGCGACUGCGAUUCCGAAAAUUACCAAUUCUUUCAACUCGCUUGAUGAUGUGGGCUGGUAUGGUAGUUCGUUCCUGUUUACAAAUUGUGCCGUGCAGCUAUUUUUCGGCAAGCUGUACACCUUUUAUUCGGCGAAAUGGGUGUUCCUAAGCGGACUGGGCAUCUUCGAGAUUGGCUCUUUAGUCUGUGCUAUUGCGCCUAACUCGGCCUCACUCAUUAUCGGCCGUGCCGUUGCUGGUAUUGGCGCUGCGGGCUUAUUCUCUGGGGCUAUCAUUAUCAUCGCCAAUACGGUUCCUCUGCGCAUUCGUCCGAUCUAUAUCGGUAUUCUGUCCAGCAUGCACUCCAUUGCCAGUGUGGCUGGCCCGAUUCUGGGCGGCGCUUUUACCGAUCAUCUUAGUUGGCGGUGGUGUUUCUGGAUUAAUUUACCAAUCGGCGGGUUGACUGCUAUUGGAAUCUUCUUCCUUAUGCCGACUCGGGCUGGCGAUGUGCACCCACUCCCGUGGAAAGAGCAGGUCAAACAGUUCGAUCUCCCUGGUACUUUGACCAUGAUCCCUUCGAUUAUUUGUCUACUCCUCGCCCUGCAGUGGGGUGGUUCGAAGUAUGAGUGGAAGAGCGCCCGGAUCAUUGUAUUGAUGAUCCUCUUUGCCCUACUCUUUGCGGUUUUUGUGGGUAUUCAAAUCUGGCAAAAGGACAGAGCUACCGUUCCCGUCCGCCUGAUGAAAAAUAGAAGUGUCUUUGGCGCCUCUUGGUAUGCAUGCUGUAUCUCGGCACCCAUGUUCGUCGUCGCCUACUAUCUACCCAUCUGGUUCCAAGCCAUUAAAGGCGUAUCGGCCACCGCAUCUGGCAUCGACAAUCUCCCCAGUCUAAUCGGCAUCGUCGUCUUCGCAAUCAUAGCCGGCGUCCUCGCCUCAGUCAUCGGCUACUACACCCCCUUCGUACUAAUCUCCUCCGUCCUCACCGCCAUCGCAGCAGGAAUGCUCUCAACCCUCAACGUCAACUCAGGAAUGCCAGAAUGGUUCGGCUACCAAGUCCUCCUAGCCGCAGGCGUCGGCUUCGGCGUGCAGAACGUCAUGCUAGUCUCACAGGUCGCCGUUGACGCUGAGGAUAUGGCCAUCGCGACAUCGAUCCUGACAUUCGUGCAAACUCUCGGAGGAACGAUCUGUCUCUCUAUUGCGGAGAGUGUAUUCCAAAACAGACUGAUCAAAAACCUGCUCAAUUCGUUGUCGAAAGAGACAGCUGCCCUUGUCCUGUCAGGUGGAGCGACGGGAUUUAGAAACACCAUGCCUAAGAGCCAAUUACCUCCGAUCAUGGCAGCUUAUAAUGAUGCAGUCAUGCAAGCUCUUUAUGUGGCUGUUGCGACAGCGAGUCUUUCGAUUCUGGGACCGAUUUUCAUGGAGUGGAUCUCUAUUAAGGAGAAGCCUAAGACCGAGACGCCUGAGAAGGAGAGUCAGCCGCAGACCAGGGCUGAAGCUGUUAAGACCGAGGCUGAGAUUGCUAGGAGACGCACUAUUAGGAUGAGUUCUAUUGGUGCGGGUGGGAGGUUGAGUACGCUUGGCCCUUCGGCUGCUGCCAGUGGGCAUCGUCCUGGCGAAGGGGGUGGGUGGGUUUAG